GAAAAUGUCUUUAUGUGGUGGUGCUGAUGGCUAUGUUUUGGUGCACAGAGGCCCUCCCUCUGGCCGUCACCGCCAUGCUUCCAGUCUGCCUCUUCCCAACACUGGGAAUCCUUCCAUCCAAGAAAGUCUGCCCUCAGUACUUCCUCGAAACAAACUUUCUCUUCCUCAGCGGUUUGGUGAUGGCCUCAUCCAUCGAGGAGUGGGGGCUUCACCGCAGAAUAGCUCUGAAGGUCCUUACUAUUGUUGGAGUGAAACCAGCCUGGCUCAUACUGGGGAUGAUGCUGACCUCAGCCUUCUUGUCCAUGUGGCUCAGUAACACCGCCACAACAGCCAUGAUGCUCCCUAUCGCCAACGCCAUCCUGGAGAGUCUGUUUGGAGACCUGGAGACCCUGAAAAAGAAGUGCAAGUCCACUGAGGAUUCUGAGGGAGAUAUAUUAAACGGUCACUCUAAUGUAAAACUGCAUUCACUGCCCUCUGUGCCCUCAGAAAAACAAAUGCUGUCGAUAGACGGGCCUGACGGGAAGGAGCAGACUGACCAGAUGACAGCUGCAGACAGCCAAUCAGAGGCCCAGUAUCAGCUGAAGGUGUGGAAAGGAUUCCUGAUCUGUAUCCCUUAUGCAGCCAGUAUUGGAGGCACCGCCACGCUGACUGGCACCGCACCAAACCUCAUCCUGAUUGGACAGCUCAAAAGCUACUUUCCUGACUGCGACCUGAUCAACUUUGGCUCCUGGUUUGCAUUUGCUUUCCCGCUCAUGUGUCUCUUCCUGUUUUUGGGAUGGAUUUGGAUCUCGUUUCUCUAUGGAGGAUUGAAUACAAGAUUGUGCUUCAAGAAACAUGACCGAAGAGCCGAGGCAGAGGCCAGAGCGAAGGCUCUAAUAGUGGAAGACUACAGAAAACUAGGGCCCUUAAAUUUUGCAGAGGGAGCAAUCUCUUUCUUUUUUGUCCUCUUUGCUGUUCUCCUGUUCACGAGAGAUCCCAAAUUUGUCACCGGAUGGUCUGUGUUUUUCAAAAAAGGGUAUGUCUCAGAUGCAGUCACCGGUGUUAUCAUUGUGUCUAUAUUGUUCUUCUUCCCCUCGCAGAAACCUUCUCUGAGCUGGUGGUUCGACCCUAAAGCCUCAAACACUCCUUAUGUCCCGCUGUUAUCGUGGAAGAAAGCUCAGGAAUCUGUCCCGUGGAAUAUUAUUCUGCUUCUUGGAGGUGGUUUCGCGAUGGCUAAAGGCUGUGAGGAGUCCGGACUUGCCUCGUGGAUUGGAGGCCACCUCCAGCCUUUGGCAGAGGUUCCUCCUGCUGCAGCUGUGAUGUUGAUCACUGCUUUCCUGGCCUGUUUCACUGAGUUUGCCAGCAACACUGCCACUAUUAUAAUAUUUUUACCCGUCAUUGCUGAACUGGCUAAUCACGUCUUAGUGAACCCUCUGUACUUCAUGAUACCUGCAACAGUGGGAUGUUCAUAUGCCUUCAUGCUGCCAGUGUCCACACCUCCCAACUCCAUCGCCUUUGCAUCAGGACAUCUCAUGGUCACAGACAUGGUAAAAACGGGCUUUGUCAUGAACAUCCUGGGUGUUCUCUCAGUCGCUCUUGCCAUGAACACGUGGGGCGUCGCAAUGUUUGACUUGAAUACGUAUCCAGAGUGGGCUCGCCCUCUGAACAAGUCAGCUGUUCUUACAGAUGUGCACAUUCCACCCAUACCAUCAUUCAAUGCUACUCACUGAUUACACAACCAACCUCAGCAUGAACACAGAGGAAGUGACAGAAGACUGUGAAAAAAUAAUAUGUUUAGCAGACACAAAAGUCUGUGGUGCACACAAAAACUCUGUGUCGUUGAUAUCAGAACAAUCUGGGAGCUUCAGCUGUUACCUGUUUGGAUAAAUUAACUUUAGUCUUAUUGUAUUCAAGAGUUUUUUUAGGCUCAGAAGGUCAAGAUUUCAUGCUGUGAACUCUUAGUUUAGGGACACUCCAAGUAUGAGGAACUGUUUUGUUGUGUUGAUUUUGUUUCCCCCUGUGGACAAAAGUGGUACGCCUAGGGUUACAAGCAGCAUGGGUGUUUGUUUUGAAAGUGUGAGCAUGUAAAGGAAAGGAGGAGUCAAGUUUCAUUUUGAACAGUGCACACAUAUUUGUUACUAAAUGAGAUUUAUAUUUGUCUUACCACUGUGAUUAAACUAAGUGUUAUUAAUUUCUUAACCAUUUAUAUACCUAGUUCAGCGACAGCUUACACCCCUCAGAUCUGGUUGCUCUGUACUAAUAAUUUUGGUAAGAAAGACAGAAUUAUAAACAAUUUCUUAUAAUGUCGUCUUCAUAAUAAUUAGUAAACAAUAAAAGAUAGCAUGAUAGCCAACUUAAAACAUAAUAUAAAAAAAACCCAGUCAUUUUACUGUUAUGCAAAGAGUUCCCUCUGAGAACAAUACACAAACCACAGACCACAUUCAGGGAAAAUAUAGGAUCUGUUUCAAUCCCAGUAUCCAUAUAUGUGCCAAAUGUUCUGUAAAAACAACACUUCUCCUCUUUCCCUUCAGCUGGCCUAUAGGUCCACUGGGGCGGCAUAUGAAAGGGUGAAAUCUAAUUGGCCACUCCUAGUGCUGCCCCAAAAUACUUCACUGUGAUUGGCUAUUUGCCUUGUCAGAGGUGGAACUUAAGUUGUUAAGUUACUAAUAAGUUAGUUGGAUUGUCUUGCAACAGGCUGCUGGUAGCUUUCUUUACAUUCCAAUGUUGCACAUUUUCUAUUACCCAUAUUUCGAAAUGUGACUU